UGUGUGGCGGGGGGCGGGCUCUGCGCCCGCAAGCUGGGUUCAGCUCUGAGCGUGGCAUCCUGACUUGCCCGCUGCGAGGGGCAGGGCGCCGCAGUGCCGUAGUAGCGGGCAGCCGAGACGCACCGCUCAGGAGCCGCGGGUACCGGAGCGGGCAGAGACCCCGGCGCUGCCUAACCCCCUCCGGGCCGCCCGAGCUCCAACCCCCUCCCCGGGAGGGCUGCGCGGGCCGCAAGACGCCCAGACGCCAGCCUCGGUCCCCUUUCAGUCUCUCGGUUCAUCUUUCCUCCCAAGUAAGGGAAUAAGCCCCAAGGAAGGAGCGCUCCGGAGAACCGCGCAACAAAGUGUUGCAUGCUGAGGAAAAGCAAGGAUUUCUGAAUUUACCGUGACUACAGAUAGAAGGAUGUUGCCUUAGGAAUAGCAGAGGUCUUCUCUCAGCUACUAAACAGUGCCCGCUGCUGCCAUAGACACUUGGGUCCUCGAGAAAUCUCCUGAAGGACUUGUCCAUUGUGUACUUGCAAUGAGCCAGGCCCUAGGCUGGGCCUUGGCUACAGCCUGGUGAGCAAAACUCUCUCCCUAGCCUCAAACGUGCACACCCAGGAAAGAUGAGUGAAGAACGGUGGGUCUCCCUCACUCCAGAAGAAUUUGGCCAACUCCAGAAAUAUGCAGAAUAUUCUUCCAAGAAGAUAAAUGAUGUCUUGGCUGAAUUUAAUGAGGGUGGGAGCCUCAAACAAUAUGACCCACAUGAGCCUAUUAGCUAUGACAUCUUCAAGCUGUUCAUGAGGGCGUACCUGGAGGUGGACCUUCCACAGCCACUGAGCACACACCUCUUCCUGGCCUUCAGCCAGAAGCCCAGACAGGAGACCCCGUCCCACCCAAAGGAGGGGGCCAGCAACAGCGAAGCCAGUGGCCCAGAUUCCAACAUACAGAAUGCAGAUAAUGCUGCCAAAGCAGACGAGGCUUGUGCCCCUGACGUGGAAUCUAAGAUCACCAAGAAGCAAGUGCCAACUAAAGACCAAGUGUCUGCGACCCCCGUGGGAAACCAUGAUGCUCAGUCUCCAGGCUCAGAAUCCCCCACAGUGUACCUGAAGGAUGUCAUGUGUUACCUGUCCUUGCUGGAAACGGGGAGACCUCAGGAUAAGCUAGAGUUCAUGUUUCGUCUCUAUGAUUCGGAUGAGAAUGGUCUCCUGGACCAAGCGGAGAUGGAUCGUAUUGUCAACCAGAUGCUACACAUUGCCCAGUAUCUCGAGUGGGAUCCCAUGGAGCUAAGGCCUAUAUUGAAGGAGAUGUUACAAGGGAUGGACUACGACCGGGAUGGCUUUGUGUCUCUCCAGGAGUGGGUCCACGGAGGGAUGACCACCAUCCCAUUGCUCGUCCUCCUGGGCAUGGACGACUCUGGCUCCAAAGGGGACGGGAGGCACGCCUGGACCAUGAAGCAUUUCAAGAAACCAACCUACUGCAACUUCUGCCAUGUCAUGCUGAUGGGUGCUCGGAAGCAAGGCCUGUGCUGCAUUUACUGUAAAUACACCGUCCAUGAACGCUGUGUAUCCAAAAACAUUCCUGGGUGUAUCAAAACGAACUCAAAAACCAAAAGGGGAGGAGAGUUUCACCGCAAAUGUGAAUUGUCAACUUUGUGUGACGGUGGGGAGCUCAGAGACCAUAUUUUGCUGCCCACGUCAAUAUGCCCCAUCACCCGGGACAGGCAAGAUGGGAAGUCUGAUGGUAGCGUGUCAGCCAAGGACGAACUUGUAACGCAGUAUAAGAUCAUCCCCACCCCGGGUACCCACCCUCUGCUGGUUUUGGUGAACCCCAAGAGUGGAGGGAGACAAGGAGAAAGAAUUCUUCGGAAAUUCCACUAUCUGCUCAACCCCAAACAAGUUUUCAACCUGGACAAUGGGGGGCCUACUCCAGGACUCAACUUUUUCCGUGAUACUCCAGACUUCCGUGUCUUGGCCUGCGGAGGAGAUGGGACAGUUGGCUGGAUUUUGGAUUGCAUUGAUAAGGCCAACUUCGCAAAGCAUCCACCCGUGGCUGUCCUGCCUCUUGGAACGGGAAAUGACCUGGCCCGCUGUCUCCGCUGGGGAGGGGGUUAUGAAGGGGGCAGCCUGACAAAAAUCCUGAAGGACAUUGAGCAGAGCCCCUUGGUGAUGCUGGACCGCUGGCAUCUGGAAGUCAUCCCCAGAGAGGAGGUGGAGAAUGGGGACCAGGUCCCGUACAACAUCAUGAACAACUACUUCUCCAUCGGCGUGGAUGCUUCCAUCGCACACAGAUUCCACGUGAUGAGAGAGAAACACCCUGAAAAGUUCAACAGCAGGAUGAAGAACAAGCUGUGGUACUUUGAAUUCGGCACCUCAGAGACCUUCGCAGCCACCUGCAAGAAACUCCACGACCACAUAGAGUUGGAGUGUGACGGAGUUGGGGUGGACCUGAGCGGCAUCUUCCUUGAAGGCAUUGCUAUUCUCAACAUUCCCAGCAUGUACGGUGGCACCAAUCUCUGGGGAGAAACCAAGAAGAACCGGGCUGUGAUCCGGGAAAGCAGGAAGGUCGUCACUGACCCCAAGGAACUGAAAUUCUGCAUUCAAGGCUAAACCUGUCAAGGUCUUUGACACUAAAGUAUGUAUCUUAUUCAAUUUACUCAACAAACAUUUAUUGGGAGCCUUCUAUAUGCCAAGGGCUGGACUAGUUGCUAAGGAUUCAAAGAUAAACAAAACAAGAACACAUCCCUGCCUUCAACUCUCAGUGGGGUUGGGAGAGUGAUGCGUCCAGAAACAGUUGUCGUUGGGUGAGAUCCACUGAGCAGAGGAGAAGGAAAAAGCACACUGCCUGGAGUGUCCCGGGAGGGUAAACAGGAGUUCCCCAGGCAGAGGGAUACCUGUGCUGGGAACAGGGCCAGAUAGCGAAUGACCUUGGAUGCCUCACUAAGAACUGAGAUGUUGUCCUCGGGCUUCCAGAGGGUUUAAACAGGGAAGAUGUGCCCCUUAAAUAGGAGCGCCCUGCCAGCCUUUACCUAUUGGCGCUGAGCUCCACCCCCUCCUCCAGACUGUGGGAAGGUCUAAAGAAAUAAAAGCAAAAUGGGGCUGAGAUCAAAGAAGUGGGAAAAGGAACAGAGUCAGGGAAGAGUUUAAAGGAAGAAAAACAGCUGGGGCAGGAUGCCCACUUCAUCUAAAGCUCACCUGGAUUUACGGCCUUUGUGUGAAACCACGAGGAACACUGAAGAUUGUUAAAGAUGUUUUAACCUGAAUAUUAUGGGCUGGACUCUUGUACACAGCUCUAAGAAGGUAGACAGACAGACAGACUGUUGGGAGUUGCCAGGGUGAAUGUGGCAGAAAAGGAAAGCAAACCUAAUAUGUUUUUGGAGCCCACUCUGUGCCAGACACUUUCACAUACACCUCUGCCAUUUAAUCGCAUAACCACACUUUGAGGUCAGUAUUAUUAUUCCUAACGUCUCCUUUUCAAGUGAAGAAGCUCUGGAUCAAAGCAGUCAGGAAGUAACUUGUUUAUAUUCUUCUUCACUCCAACUCCUGCAUAUGUUUUGGGCAGUUUUAUUGCCUAAGGCUCAAGUUCUCCAACUUGAUUCUGAGUGUGCCUCAGAAUCUUCCAGAGGGCUUGUUAGAACACAGACUGCCAGGCCCAACCACCUGUGUUUCUGAUUCAGUCGAUCUGGGUGAGGCCUGAGGAUUUCCGUUUCUAACAAGUUUCCAGGUGAUGCUGAUACCACGCUCUGAGAACCACUGGCCUAUGGGGAUGAUCUACCCAAUAACCUAGCCCAGCGGUUCCCAAACUGUCUGCAUUUUGGAAUCACCUGGGGAAUCUUUAAAUCAGCUAGGCGAAUACUGAUUGAUGCCUAGCUCCCAGGCCUAUGCAUUCUUUUUUCUUUUUUCUUUAAUUGAAGUGUUGUUGGUUUACAGCGUUUCAGGUGUACAGCAAAAUGAUUCUGUUAUACAUAAUAUAUACAUAUAUAUAUUCUUUAUCAGAUUCUUUUCCAUUAUAGAUUAUUACAAGAUAUUGAAUACAGUUCCCUGUGCUAUACCGUAGGAGGCCCACACAUUCUGAUUUAACUGGUAUGGGGGCAACCUGGGUAUUAUUAUUUGUACCCCCCCCCACCCCAGGUAAUUCUAACAUGCAGCAAAGUUGAGGAACCGCUGACCUAGCCGCACUUCUCCUUGACUCUGAUCCCUAUCACCACCCUCUCCUUCAGCUGCCCACCACUGGGGCCGCAGGUAGAACUUGUCAUCCUAGCGCCACUCACAGCACAUCCUCCCAAACCUUUCUCCCACCGUCUCAGAACACCUGCUCCUGGAACUCAUCAAGUCUCUCACUUGGCUUCUCCCUUUUCACCUAGUCCGUCAACUCCUUCCCUGUUCAACCUAGAUCCUGUGGUACAGUAAUUACUGUAACCAUCUCUUGCCCACAGCAACACAUCAACCAGCCUGUUCUUUCUUUGACCAUAUAUGUCUACCUGGGAAAGUUUGAGGAGGAAUAUCUAAAUCAAACUGCAGGCAUGGAAGUCCAGGGAGGCUUCUUGAAGUUGACAGUGCUUGAGCUGGGUUUUGAUGAGCAAGUAAAAGUGGAAGAGAGCAUUUCAAGCAGGGGUACGGCAUGGGUAGAGGCAUGAAAGAGAAACAGUAGGGUUUAUUGGGGAGCUAAGUUGUUGUAUAUGUCUGGAGCAGGAACUUAGCCCUACGAUGUCAGGAGAUAACGGUACAGAGGCAGCCUCUUGUCAGAUGGGGGCGGGUCUUGGGCAUCAUCAAGCCAGGGAACUUACAUCUUUCCAAGUAUGAACAGCAGUUGAUAGGUUUUUAAAAUGACUUUUAAAUUAUAACAGUGAUAUACACUUAUAGAACAUGCAAAACACUUAGAAAAACAUAAAGUAGAAAAUAAUAAUCACUUUUAAUCUAAUUACCCAGAACUCACAACUCUUUAAGAUUUUAGGGGAAUUUGUUCUUUUCUUCCAUGCAUGUUCUUAUAUAGUUGAGAACAUGCUAUGCAAGUAAGUUUGUAUCCUGCCUUCGCACUUGAAGUUAUAACAUAUACAUAUUUAAUGUUUUUGAAAUCUGUAAACAUUUUAAUAGCAGUGUAAAAUUCUAUAGUUUGAUACCAUAUAAUUUAACUAUUCUCAUAUAGGUAGAAAUGGGGGAGGGGGAAGUUUCACUGUAAUAAAUGACGCCACAAUAUUCAUAUUUGUAUGAACUUAGAUUUUUUCAGUGGUUUCUUGUGAUCAAUAUCAAGAAAUAAAUGAAUCAACCGUGUGAAAGUUUUAGACAUUUAUUACCAAACUUCUAAAAACUUUUCUGCCAGUUUACAGUCUGAUCAUAGGUAUGAAAGCGUGCACAUUUCAUCUUCCCUUCCCAGUGCCUGGUGUCAUGGUUGGUGCCACUGAAGGGUUUUUGCUGUGGAGGUGACAUGAGCAGAUGUGCAUUUAUAAAAUCCCAUACUGGAGGCUGAAUCAAGUGUACCAGAUUGGAACUGCUAUCGCUGUCCUUGCUGUUCCGCCUCUGCUUCCACAUUCUCCUGUUCCCAUGUUCCCAUUCUUCCUCUUUUUUCUUUCUUGGAGGAAGUGUUUGCUGCACACAGAGCACUGCCCAAGACUUUGUUGCCAGGAGCAGUGCUGAAAGACCUAGCUCUCUGGUUGCAACAAGUUGGUGCCCAGCCCAGAGACCCUCUUUUUAUAGUUCUAUGAAAAAAAAAAUCUGUAGAUAGUAAUUCUCAUUAGGGAGAGAUACUUUUUAUAUUUUCCAAUGACAUUGCCAAGUGAGUUUAUUGAUAAAUUAAUUUCCUUGUGUAUCCAGUGACUAUCCAGUCCUACACACAAUCACCCCUGUCCCUGGAAUGUCCUUCCUCUUUCUCCUUCUUAACCCAGCAAAUUACCUUGGCAUUCAUCCUUCAAGACCUUCCUUAAAUGUCUGUGACACUUCCUUCCAUACCUUGCCCAGUCAUAAUCAGUUACUCAGGCCUCCUUGUUCCUAUAGUUCACUGACAACAUCUUCUACACCUAACGCUUUUCCUCCCUCUUGGCCAAGAGUCCUUCAAGAGUUGAAUAUUUUGCAUUCCCACUUCUUAACACACUGCCUGGCACUUGGUUGCCAUCAGUAACUGUUGAAUGAUUGAGUGAAUGGAUUAAUGAGUUCCUGUUUUGCUAAGAUACAUGGACAUUCCAUCUUAAACAGAAACAAAUUGAAGAAUGUAGAGACAAUAUGGAGAUGAUAUGAAUUGCCAAACCACACUCUGAGUCAUUGGUACCUAAGGUAAAGCAGACACGUGGUAUAUCAGGUGUCCUGAUGCUGGAUUCUAAGUUCUGAACGUUAAAUGUUCUGUGUGCCUGCACAUCAACCUGUGCUCUGUUCUGUUUCAUUUUAACUCCAGAUUUAGUUUCUGCAUAAGGAUCUGUGUGCUAGAGGAAGUACAGGGAAUUGAGUGAUGCCAGAAUUUCCCAAAAUGUGUUCCAAAGAAAACUGCCAGGGUUACCUAUAAAACUGUUUUCUAGGUAUCACACAAAAGAAGAGUCUCAUGGUCCAAUAAGUUUGGGAAACAAAGUUGAAUAUAUUUCUUUACUGCAGAACUUCCUGGUAGGCAUUUUAGGAAGUUGAAAGAUCAGUUAGGCAAUGGUAGAGAAACAGAACAGCCAGCAAGUCUUCCUUCAGUGGUAAGCAGGAGCCAUCCUAGCCUCUUCACACCGGGGAAGAUUCAGAGUACAAAUUCAAAGGCCGAACGGUGAGACAUAGAAGAUCCUGGCCCCUCCCCUUGCACUUCUGCACUUAUCGCCCAAGUCCCACAUUUGUGUAAACCCCUGCCUCUACCCACCCCCCAUACUGAUGAGAUCAGCCUGCAUUAUGUCUCUUCUAGAGCCAGGAAGCAAGGUAAUGUGUGGGAAGUAAUAGCUGCAAGGUAAUGUGUGGGAAGUGAUAACAACUUUUCGCUGUUAAAGCCAUUCAACAGGAAAAUUUGUUAAAAGACCAAGACAUUGUAAAAGCUGAAACACUUGAGUCUAUUAAGGCCCCUGCUUCUUAGAACAUUUUGUUACCAGGGAAUGUUUCAAGGAGGGAAAACACUGAACUAUCACAGCACUGUCAGAUACCAAAGACUGGUACAGAGAGCAACAUUUUACAAGACAUCUGUCUCUCUGCCAACAGAGAAACUUCUAAAAAGUUCGACCUCUCUUUUCUCCUACUUUCUCCUACCCCAGUAUGACUCCCCCACUCUCCUCACCCCUAAACACACCCUACACGUCUUUCCUCCCUCCCUUUUGCUCCCUCCCUCCUCCCCUCCCU